GGCGGCGGGGGCAGCCGGCAGCGCCGCCUCCUCGCGGCUAAAGUGAACAAGCACAAACCAUGGAUUGAGACUUCAUAUCAUGGAGUCAUCACGGAGAACAAUGACACGGUCAUUUUGGACCCACCGCUGGUCGCCCUGGAUAAAGAUGCACCGGUUCCUUUUGCAGGGGAAAUUUGCGCAUUCAAGAUCCACGGCCAGGAGCUGCCCUUCGAGGCUGUGGUGCUCAACAAGACAUCAGGAGAGGGCCGGCUCCGCGCCAAGAGCCCCAUAGACUGUGAGCUGCAGAAGGAGUACACGUUCAUCAUCCAGGCCUAUGACUGCGGCGCAGGGCCCCGGGAGACGGCCUGGAAGAAGUCGCACAAGGCUGUGGUCCAUAUCCAGGUGAAGGACGUCAAUGAGUUCGCUCCUGCCUUCAAAGAGCCAGCCUACAGGGCCGUCGUGACAGAGGGCAAGAUCUACGACAGCAUCCUGCAGGUGGAGGCCGUCGACGAGGACUGCUCCCCCCAGUACAGUCAGAUCUGCAACUACGAAAUCGCCACCACUGAUGUGCCUUUUGCCAUCGACAGAAACGGCAACAUCAGGAACACGGAGAAACUGAGCUAUGACAAGCAACACCAGUAUGAGAUCCUGGUGACCGCCUACGACUGUGGACAGAAGCCCGCAGCUCAGGACACCCUGGUGCAGGUGGAUGUGAAGCCAGUUUGCAAGCCCGGCUGGCAAGAUUGGACCAAGAGGAUUGAGUACCAGCCGGGCUCGGGGAGCGUCCCCCUGUUUCCUGACAUCCACCUGGAGACGUGCGACGGGGCCGUGUCCUCCAUCCAGAUCACCACCGAGCUGCAGACCAACUACAUCGGGAAGGGCUGUGACCGGGAGACCUACUCGGAGAAAUCCCUUCAGAAAUUAUGUGGAGCCUCGUCUGGCAUCAUCGACCUCUUGCCGUCCCCCAGCGCAGCCACCAACUGGACUGCAGGACUGCUGGUGGACAGCAGCGAGAUGAUCUUCAAAUUUGACGGCAGGCAGGGCGCCAAGAUCCCGGACGGGGUUGUGCCCAAGAACCUGACGGACCAGUUCACCAUCACCAUGUGGAUGAAGCACGGCCCCAGCCCUGGCGUGAGAGCGGAGAAGGAAACCAUCCUCUGCAACUCGGAUAAAACUGAAAUGAACCGGCAUCACUAUGCCCUGUACGUGCACAACUGCCGCCUCGUCUUUCUCUUGCGCAAGGAUUUCGACCAGGCUGACACCUUCCGCCCCGCAGAAUUCCACUGGAAGCUGGACCAGAUUUGUGACAAAGAAUGGCAUUACUAUGUCAUCAAUGUGGAGUUUCCUGUGGUUACCUUAUACAUGGAUGGAGCAACAUAUGAACCAUACCUGGUGACUAACGAUUGGCCCAUUCAUCCAUCUCACAUAGCCAUGCAACUGACGGUCGGCGCUUGUUGGCAAGGAGGAGAAGUCACCAAACCGCGCUUUGCUCAAUUCUUCCACGGUAGCCUGGCCAGCCUCACCAUCCGCCCGGGGAAAAUGGACAGUCAGAAGGUGAUUUCCUGCCUGCAGGCCUGCAAGGAGGGGCUGGAUAUCAACUCCCUGGAGAGCCUGGGCCAAGGAAUAAAGUAUCAUUUCAACCCCUCGCAGUCCGUCCUGGUGAUGGAAGGUGACGACAUUGGGAACAUCAACCAUGCCCUCCAGAAGGUCUCCUACAUCAACUCCAGGCAGUUCCCAACCGCAGGUGUGCGGCGCUUGAAAGUCUCUUCCAAAGUCCAGUGCUUUGGAGAAGACGUGUGCAUCAGCAUCCCCGAUGUGGACGCCUACGUGAUGGUGCUGCAGGCCAUCGAGCCCCAGAUCACCCUCCGUGGCACGGACCGCUUCUGGAGACCUGCUGCCCAGUUUGAAAGCGCCAGAGGGGUGAUCCUCUUCCCCGACAUCAGGAUCAUGAGCACCAUCGCCAAAGCCGAGGCCCCAGGUGACUUGAAGACCACAGCCCCCAGAUCAGCAGUUUUAGAAGAAAUGCUUCACAACUUAGAUUUCUGUGACAUUUUAGUGCUGGGAGGGGACUUGGACCCAAGACAGGAGUGCUUGGAGCUCAACCACAGUGAGCUCCACCAGCGACACCUGGACGCCACCAACUCCACUGCGGGCUACUCCAUCUACGGUGUGGGCUCCAUGAGCCGCUAUGAGCAGGUGCUGCAUCACAUCCGCUACCGCAACUGGCGUCCGGCUGCCCUCGAGGCCCGGCGGUUCAGGAUCAAGUGCUCGGAACUCAAUGGGCGCUACACCAGCAAUGAGUUCAACGUGGAGGUUGGCGUCCUCCAUGAGGUCAGAGUCUCAGACAAGGAACACGUCAGCCACCUUAUCGUGCAGCCACCCUUCCUCCAGUCGGUCCACCACCCCGAAUCCCAGAGUAGCAUCCAGCGUAGUUCAGUGGUCCCAAGCAUCGCCACAGUGGUCAUCAUCAUCUCCGUGUGCAUGCUAGUGUUUGUCGUGGCCAUGGGCGUGUACCGGGUCCGGAUCGCCCACCAGCACUUCACCCAGGAGGCUGAGGCUGCCAAGGAAGCCGAGAUGGAUUGGGACGACUCUGCGCUCACUAUCACAGUCAACCCCAUGGAGAAACACAGAGCCCCAGGGCAUGGGGACGAGGAGACUGAGGAGGAGGAGGAGGAAGAAGUUGAGGAAGACGUGAGCUCCGGUAGCAGCGACUCUGACGACAGCGACGAGGAGGAGGAGGAAGGGGUGGGCAGGGGCAGACGCGGGCAGGGCGGAGCCAGGCAAGCCCAGCUGGAGUGGGACGACUCCACCCUCCCCUACUAGUGCUGGCAUCUGCGCCCACCUACCUGUCCCUUUUCUAAGCCCCACCCGAUGUCUGUCUAUCACAUAAUAGCCUCUGAUUUCUAUGACAGGUCUGGGCAGGCCCUCCCCAGUGUCCUGGGGCCUACCCUUAAUGCCGUGGGCACACCCUGUGUCCCAGCCCUGGGGCGGUUCCAAGAAGCCCAGCGGCAGCAUCGGUGGGGACUUCAGGGUGGACUUCGUCCUGUAGCCCCCACUUCUCCUGCCCUGGGCUCACCCAGCAUCGUGGCAGCAGAUCUGUGGAGUUCUACCUUCGCUCUUCCCUGCGGGGGAGAAGGUCAGCCUUUCUGUCGCUCGCCUGCCCAGCCUCCACAUUCCCAGGCCCUUAGGUUCCAACCCACUGUGUGUGCACCUGACUCAGUCACCUCUCCCCACAGACCGCCAGGUCCUCCUUACCUGGCUCUCCAGGCUGCUUCCUACAGGCAGGGUGGUCAGACUCCACACACGCAGGUCCACAUCCUCAACACUUCAAAAGAAUGACCUUACCAAGGCAGACCCGUUUACAGGGGAAGGUUCACGUGGGCUACACACACACACACACACACACGCACGCACGCAUGCACGUGCAUGCACGCACGCACUCUCCCAUCUUGGAGAGCCUUUCCCUUUGUCUUUCUGAGGCCACAGAAGCUUAUAUGAAAAGUCCAAAACCAAGACUAGGUCCUUGGCUACAGCAGGGCCUGGUUCUGGCCAAAGCUCUAAGAACCUGCCUUCCUGGCAGCGGCUGAGACCCGCGUGGCUGCCCUGCUAGGGGCUCCCACUCCAUGACACCACGGGGGCCAGGAAGCACUCCACACAGACGCUGCCCAGGGCCGUAGCCCUGACAAACUGACAGCCAGGGAUCAGAAGGAGAGGCUGAUGGCAUGACACGGCCAGUUUCCAUGGCAGACACAGACUGGGUGACAGGGAUGGCUGGGCGUCCCCAGGGCCAGAGGGUGGCUCCGGGGCUGACUAGGCUGUCAUCGCCUAGUUCUAGGGUCUCUCAUCCCCCGUUUCACAGUUUUGCUUCUUGAGAAGAUACACUCCUUUUGGAUGUAUCGAAAUAAGUAUGAACUUCAACGAGUCUAAAAUAAUGAGUUUGGAGAGUUAACUGCUAGAAAUUAGAAGCAUAUUUGCCAUAACAGCUUCCUCUUUCUUCUUCUCAUAAAAGGAGCAAUGCUUUGCGUGGAGGGUAAAUAUAUCCAAAACCUAGUUUCUUCCUUCUUUCCUUCCUUCCUUCCUUCUUUCCUUCCUUUCUUUCUUCUUUUUUAGUAAGGAAAUCUUUUCCAUCUCCAUCUUAACAUGGAUACUUAGGGAGGAGAAUUGUUGCUAUGGUAACUGGUCUGUGGUCUUUUGUGGUCAAGAGAAUAGCAGGCAAGAAUUAGGGCCACUAUAGGACUUCCAUGAGGCGCCAAGAACAUCUUUGUUUCGAAUGUCUUGGGCUUUGUCCUCAGGAUGUAUGGUCUGUCCCAGCCCCUCCCACAUUGGCUCCGCACAGGCACAGAGCUGGUCCCAGGCAUUCAGAUUCAAAAGAAAGUUCAGAAUCUGUUCAUUUUACUCCCUGAGUCACUGAAUCAGUGAGACCUUAAGCAGGGGGACUGCUGUCAAUGUCCUCUGGUUUGAUCUCCACCAAAUGAGCAUCCAUGACAGGCCUUUGCAGCCUUCUGAUUCAAGGAGACCACCUUGUGCAGCUUUUUCCAUCACCUAAAGUGUUUUUUGCCCCAUUCGUUCCUUUGAGCCUCACAAUAAUCCUGUGAGGUAGCUGGGACAUCUACUGUUAUGAUGAGUCAACUGAGGCUAAAGAUUCAACAUCUUGAUCAGAGUCAUUCCAAGGUAUAGGCAAGACCAUGCUCCCCACCGUCCACUCCUGGCCCAGUGCCCACCAGCCUGAAUCUACCUACGUUCCUAUUCAUGCAGCUCACAGGUAUUGUUGAAGACCUACUAUGUGCUAAGCGCUCUACCAGUAGCUGUGGGCAAGGGGACUUGCUAGUUGCCGAGGAGAAAUGAUCAGGCAUAGAAGUUAUACAGGAGACAGAUGCAGAGGGAGAGAGAGGAGAGGUCACAGGAAGAAAGGGGAUCUGUUCACAAUCCCAACCCAUGCUCUUACUUUCCCCUCCUUAGGAAAAAAUGCCAGCAGAAGUUUGGGGUUUUAUAUCCAUUGAAUGGAAAUAGACACUUUUGUGAAUUUUCCCAAUCAAAUAGCUCUUUUCUCUCAGGCUGUGUCUGCACAUUUACAAGGAGAAAAUCUUGAAUUUUUAGUCCUCACAAUCCCCUUAGUUAAAUAAAAAGAGAUUCUUCAGUCAUUUAGACUGACUUAAAUAUUUUAAAUCAAAAUCCAGAAUUCUCCCAAAAUUAUGGCAGUAAAAUGAAUAUCUUCUUUAUAUGUUUAAAAGCCAAUUCUUUUUGAGUUGGUGAUUUAAAAUAUUUAAGGCUGGUAUGCAUGAGAGAUUUUUCUUCUGCUAGGUCUUUCUUUCGGUUUGGCUGGGCAUGGGAAGUGGUCCUCGAGCCCUCUGCUGCCUCCGACGGCUGCAUCACAGUCACGGCUGAGUGAGCUGUUUGGGGCAUGUGAAAUCAUUUUAUGUUGUGGGGGCUUGGAGGGGGUAGGGAGCAGGUGGCAGUGGCAUGUGGCCAGGACAGCAGAGUUGCCUCAUUUGUGACUGGACUCAUACAGAGAGGGGCAACGGAGUCAAGUCAGAGCCCUCCCCAUCAGCUCCUGCCAGGGUGGUCACUCUGCAUGCCAGCCCCGAGGACGAAGCACUUGAAAUGAUGCUGCUGGGUCAGUGGGCAUGUAGAGUGCUCCAACAGCCUCCUCAUCACCAUGGGUGAGAACAAGAAGGGGCGGUGAUGCACAAGUAGCAGAAGCUUUGGGGGAGCCUCCAGGUGAGCAGUGAGUAAUGUCACUUGCUCUCUAGCGGGGAUUCUAACCACAGGUGAAAACGUCAUUAAUCAGCCCAAUGUUUUCCAGGCUCCAUCUGCUGGUAUCUGGGAACCAAAAUUCCCCAGAUGGCCAGAUACCCAGUGGUCUCUCACCUAGACAGCAGCAGCAGCAGAUGCAGAUUUGUACCCGGGAGGCACAGCUGAUCGGUUUGGCCGCAGGCCAGACCAUGGCUUAUCUCGCCAAGUGGAUGACCAGAUCCUGCUCUCUGCAGGCUGAAAUAGAUAGGCUGAAAUCUCUCACAUGACUCAGGUGACUGGGAGGAAGAGAAAGAGGGGGAGGAGAUGGAGAAGAUCAGGACAGAAUGAGUUGCCCUAGUGGAGGAAGGCAAUCAGCUAGUUGGUUAUCUGUCUUAAAGAAAUACUACAAGUGUAUUCUUGUAGGCUUAAUCAAAUGCUAUAAAUCUGAGCAACGCCCCAAUUCAUCUAGUUACCAAAAAUGUGAUGUCAGUGGGUUCUGCUUUCACUAGCUCUUUCUUGAACAUAGGCAAUCAUCCUAUCAAGCAGGGCUUAGCCCACACUUCUUUGCAUGUAGCAAGGGCUGUGCCCGGUGGCUCCGGACUCUGUAGGGAGAGGGCUCCUGGAGGGAAGGCAGUGUCCCCCAUUCCUACACAUACGGCAGGCUCAGGGACUGGCAAACUUCACCUGCAGAGGCCUUUGCAGACCACGUGGUCUCUUGCAAGUAUUCGACUUGACCACUGCAGCAUGAAACCAGCCGCAGACAAUAUACUUAAAUAAAUGGGUAUCGCUGCAUCCCCCCAAAACUUUAUUCAUGACCACUUAAAAAAAGCAGGCAAUUCAAAUUCAGAUUAUUGUCACAUGUCACAAAAUGUUAUUAUUCUUUUGAUUUUUAUUUUCAGGCAUUUAAAAACAGAGAAACCUGUCUGAGCCCACAGGACUUACAAAAACUAGCAGCCGACCAGAGUUGGCCUGUGGGCUACAGUUUGCACCUCUCAACCAUGCAUGUGUGGAAAGCAGCCCUCUGUCUGACAAGGAAAGCAGAUUACUGCCGUAGGCCCGCCCAUCCACAACCCAGUGGUCUUUGCCUCCCAGAUGAACAGCAAACAACUCCACAGUGCUUAAUUAAACUGUUUUAAAAAUCUAUGUUCAAAGUGGAAAACAGAAACAAAACCCCCCAAAAUCCUUGUCCCUUGCUGAAUUGACUCAAAUGCAGGCAAGCAUUCUUCAAGAGCUAAAAGCCUUGGAUCGAGGAACUGGCUGAUCGCUGAGCACAAACCCCACUGAGCUGAGGGCCAGCUCCCAGGGCUCACACUGCCCCCCAGUACCUCAGCCCGUAAUGAUUUCUAAGCAGGAACGUUCAUUAUCUCAAGACUGAUUUCCAUUCAGUCCUGCUCAUGCCGUCGCUCUAAAAAUGAUCGUAAAGACUUGUGACUGUUUGAAUCGAUAGCAACGUAAUGAGUAGAAAGCCCGACCCCGCAUACUUCAAAAUUAGCAAUCUCCUUGGCCAUGCGAUUCAACGUUAGCCAGAGGAAGAAGAGGACUUUCUUUUUAACCAUUCCCUCAUUUAAAUUAACCAAAUCGAUUUUACCAAGAAAAAAAAAAGUAAGGGAGCUGGUCUAAUCCUUUGAAAGAAUUUAGUGCAAAGUAGAUGCUUCUCAGGUAAGAUCAUUCUGAGGCCUUUGGGGGAUCCCGAAAGCCUCCUGCGAUGUGCUCUGGUAGGCUACAGAUGCUCCACCAUCCUCUAUCUGCAUCAGACAUUUAUCAAGGCUGACAAGCCAAAGCCCUGGGCACAAUUUAAUUUUCAUGUAACCACUUUUUGUUGUCCAGCUGUAGGCAAGGGAAAUGUGUAAUGAAAGUUUUGAAGUCUACUCCAGCACCUUCAUUUCCCUGCUUUGAUUUGCUUUACUUUAUAAAUUCAUUCUGCACCUUCUUUAUAGAUCUGGCUCUAGUUUUCCUUUGGCACCAACUGGAAAGAAGAGUUGGCUUGCUAAGGGCUGUGGGUUAGAAGCCAAACUUGGCUCUCCCGGAGACACAAAAAGAGACAGAAGAUGUUACCUCCACCAGCGCCCCAGAAAGCAAUCAGACACCCCCUGUAUGCCAUUCGUGAACAGAUGGGAUUCUGUGUUUGCAGCUCUGUUCCAUGGAAUGCAGCAAACCCUUGCUCAGCGCCCGUGGUGUACCAGGCCUCGUGCCAGGAACAGGAGAAGGAGGAUGGAUGAGACGUGGCCCUGCCCGUGAAUAUCUCCUGGUCUUGCGAGCUGCUGGGAUGUUUCCUUUGCCCUGUUGGAGGCUGUCCAUGAGCAGUCAGGACUGUGGGGGCAGAAGUCUGGGGUUGGGAGAGGGGGGAUAAAUUCACUGGGCAGCUCUCUGCUCUAAGUCAGGUGGUAGGUGUGAUUCUGGGAGUCCUGCCACACAUUUCUGAGGCCACGUGGAGAGAUCUCUAGGGAAGCAGGCAAUGCUUCUCUACGUGUUUCUAAUUCCACCCCAGUUCCCUUGUAGACAGAAGCCCAUCACCCUGCCUAGUGGGCAGAAAUAACAUGGCGGAUGGCUGAGAUUCAGUGGAAACCAGCCAAAGCAAGUUCUUAAUUAUAAACAACAGGCAGCCAGACGUCGGAAGUUAGAAAGGGUAACCCAGGUCCAGGGGCCAACGUGAGCCAAGGCCCACAGCCACAGGACAGCCUGAUGUAAAAAGAACCCCUGGGAGGCCCUGGGUCAGAGCUGAAGAGGGAGGAAGGGCUGACUCUGGAGGACCUGCCACAGGUUCACACCCGACCCUGUGGAGCCCAGCUUCUCCAGGUGUCCUUGGACCAGAGCAGCCGCAUCACCUGGAGACAAGUGAGAAAUGCAAAUUCUCGGGCCCCACCUACAACCUGCUGAACCAGGAACUUUGGGGCGGGGUCCAGAGUCUGAGAACUGCUGAUGUAGAGGGUGAGGAGCAGGAUUUAAGCUGGCAUUGGGAGGAGAUGACUGUUAACAAGAUAUAAUCAUAAAUAACUGUGUCAUGAUGAGAGCGGGCAAAAGCAGGCUGCCCCACCCAACUCCCAGGCCCUCCAGGCUCCCACCCACACUCCCUGAAGCAAUGGUUUCAGGGAACCCUGGUCCUAGUCCCAAUUCCACUCCUUCUCUCGGGCAUGAGCCACUUCCUGCUGGUCUGUUCUGGAUCAUCCUGGAGAAAGACACAGUCCCGGAGAAGCUGGAGUGAGGCCACGCAUCCUUUGGGAGGCCAUCUUCCAGGCUCCUAUAAAGUGAGCAGCCUCCUCCAUGGCUGUAUUUUAAGGGGAAGCAAUUGACCUGCAGCAGUGGCCCUGCAGCUUCAAGAGGACUGGUCUCCACACAGCCUCUAUGCCGGUGGAGCCGCCCGGGGCACGGGAGAGAGCAGAGCCAGGUCAUUUAAGGGCGUUGCCAGGUUACUGCAGCAUCGCUCCAUUUGUAAUGGGAUGGGGCACGCAGCGUCACAAUGCAGGCACUAAAUUGGAUGGGGAAUGAAUGGCUUUUCUUGAAAGGGCAGUAACUCACUCUGGAUGUUCCUGAAAGUAGAAAACCAAAACCAGAAACAAACCUGCAGCCUCCCUAGAGACAGUGUCUUGGCCCUCAAAUUUCUAAGACCCACAAAGGUGCCAGGCUCCACCAGUGCCCUUUCUCUCCAUCAACCUGAUCCCUGAGGUCCAAGAUUGAUUUUGCCUUUUGAUCUAUGGCUUAAACUCUGUGAAGGUCUACAAAUCUUUGGAAGGAACUAGUUGGUGUCCUAUCAAUCAUUUACACCUAGUGUGGAGUACAGAAUCUGUUCUCAUAUAAGGAUUUCUGAGACCGGGAGUCAGAGGACUGGGGUGCUGGGCCUUGGGGUGGAAGCACAGAGGAGAAAUGGGCUGGAAAGGAGCCCAGAUACAUGUCCUGGGUGAUCCAGCACCUGCUCUUCAGUUCUCACAAACUCCAGCCGCCUCCUGACCAGAUACAUCCUGGUCCUCUCCUGGCUGAGUCCUCCCAAAUGCCCUACAGGACACACCUGUAUCUCCAGCCCAGCUUGGAAAAGGUCUUCUGAUUAAAUGCAGUCUCCUGAGGCCACAGAGAUCAUAUCGGGAAUAACUCAUCUCUAAUAGAUUAGAAUCAACUAACAAGAACAACUAAGGCUGGCCAGCUGCAUGCUGGGGAGACAGCGUGGGGAGAACUGGACAGACCCCAGAGGGUAAGGCCAAGGUUCCUUCAAGUCCCUUAGAUCCAGAAGAGCUCUUCUUUACAGCCUGGCCUUUUUGUGAAUUAUCUUCUGAAGCAUUUCUCUCCCAAGACCUUAAGGCAAUUGUAUGUGUUUCCCUAAGGUUAGUCACUUAGCACAAAGGCUUCUAUGGGACCAAAGGACAAGGAAUGGGAUGGCAGAAAGGGGAUGGAGAGGCCUUUGUUCUGGAAACAGGGUGGGCUUCGUUCUUGUUGACAGGCCUGGACCUGUGUCCAGUCAAGCAGGACAGGGACACGUUACGGACUCAGGGUGAGGAGCUCUGUGUAAAGUGAGUGCAUAAGGGGGAGUGUUCGUUGGGAAACCUGGGCACAGUGUGUCACUGGGCAGGACACACCAGCCACUUAACGCUCGUCAGAAACAAUAGAAUCGUGUCCCAACACGGGCUAGUUCCUCCCAUUCUGAGGAGCAGGGAGGAGCUGGUACCUCUGGACCACUGGGGUGACACAUCUCCAGAGUCAGGGUUCCACUCCGUGGGAACUUGCAGUUGAGUGAAAAGGACCACAGCCCUCACUUCCCAGGCCCCUGAUUGGGUGUCUGACCAGGACCCUGGAAAACAUCAUUGUGUGAAGCUAGGCCCCAACUCUUGCCUCCUGUGCUGUCAGAGGCCUCCUCCUGAAGCCAAGAAGAGUAACUCACCUAUCACAGCACCCUGGGUGUCCAGCACAGCGCCGGGCCCACAGCACGCGCUCCCUAAAUGCUGAAGUAAAUGGAAUACCAGAGAUCACUUAACCUCCAUGAACACGUAGAGGUUGAAAAAUUAAGAUGCUCCAAUGGAGGAAGACAGCUUCCAUCUUUUCUCUUAAUGGAGAAGUUGAGGUCUUUUAUAAAACCAGCUGCAGGAGGAGUGGAAGUGCAGCAGAGGAAGGACAACAUUCUUGCUGCCCCCAGUGGAAAAAGAAGAGAGUGAGGUUGUUUGGAGAGGGACCCUCUCCCGGCUACAACCAGUAAAACUAGCCCCUAGGCCAGGAGCAGGCGCAGGUGGGCAUCGGUGAGCCCACAUGCUCCACCGCAAAGGUCACAGGCAGCAUCCGCGCUGAGAAGAGGGAGCCCCGCUCUGCUGGCACCCCAGCCCUGUGCUGCUCUCCAGUCUCUUUUAUCAGAUUCGGUGCAGAGGAGAUUCAUCAAGAUGAAGCUCAGUUCCCAACAGACUAAUGAAAAGAGGGCAACAGACGUGAGAAGAGCAAAAAUGCAGACGGUGUGUAUUAAUCACAGGCAACAGAAACACGUCGGCUCUAAUGUCUGUUCGCUUUUAUCUUGAAACGAAAAUGCAUCUUCUCUGCCCAGACCCUUUUCCCUGAGCAUUUCAGAACAGAAAUGGGACACGCACGCACGCGCACACACAAAUGUGGAGGGUUCUUUUCCCCCAAGGAAACAGCUAUCAGAGAAAUGAGCCCACAGAUUGUGUCUAUUUGCAGAAGCAGAGAAUCGACCACACGUCUCAGCUACAGGCACCAGCCCCCGAUGGAAAAGGCAGUGAAGGGGAUGAGG